CAGCCUUGAGUAGUGGUUGACUGUGUCCCUCCUGCGUCCUGCCGACGAAAGCGGCGAUGAUCACGUUCAUGAACAAUUCGGACAGUGAGGAGGAGCCCUGCAAUGAGAGAACAUCCCUGAUGUCUGCUGAGAGCCCUCCAGUACCCUCCUACCAGGAUGGCCUGCAAGCCCCGUCAGCAGGGGAAGCGCAGGCACAUAGGAAGAGGCGAGCAGGUAGCAGCCGUAGCGCAAACAAUAUUGCUGACGGAGAAAUGUCUGCCUCGGGUGUCCCAGUGAGAGAAAGCAUCCUGGAGAAUGAAGAGGAGGAACUGACUCUGAAAUAUGGAGCAAAGCAUGUAAUCAUGCUCUUUGUGCCUGUCACCCUUUGUAUGAUUGUUGUCGUCGCCACCAUAAAGUCAGUGCGCUUCUAUACGGAGAAAAACGGGCAGCUGAUCUACACCCCUUUCAGUGAGGACACCCCAUCUGUGGGCCGGCGUCUCUUGAACUCAGUGUUAAACACCAUCAUAAUGAUCAGUGUCAUCAUUGUAAUGACUGUGUUCCUAGUUCUGCUCUAUAAAUAUCGUUGCUACAAGUUCAUUCAUGGCUGGCUGAUCCUGUCCUCUUUGAUGCUGCUCUUCCUCUUCACCUACAUAUAUCUCGGUGAGGUAUUGAAGACGUACAAUGUGGCCAUGGAUUACCCCACUCUGUUCUUAGUCAUCUGGAAUUUUGGAGCUGUUGGAAUGAUUUGCAUCCACUGGAAAGGUCCCUUGCAGCUCCAGCAAGCGUACCUCAUUAUGAUCAGUGCUCUAAUGGCAUUGGUUUUCAUUAAAUAUCUACCUGAGUGGUCAGCAUGGGUGAUUCUAGGUGCAAUCUCCAUCUAUGAUCUGAUGGCUGUUCUCUGUCCCAAGGGACCACUGAGAAUGCUGGUAGAAACUGCACAAGAGAGAAAUGAGCCCAUUUUCCCUGCAUUAAUAUAUUCCUCUGCUAUGAUGUGGACAGUUGGAAUGGCAAAACCAGACACAGCAGCAAGAGGACCAAGUCAGCAGACAUGGGAUGCAGCUGAGGAUGGGAGAGAACACCACAGGAGCCCUUCACAUGUGGACUCUCAGAUGUCAGAGACAAGGAGUCCUGUUCCAACCCGCCCCAUCACAUCGUUAGAGGAGCUCGAGGAGGAAAGGGGUGUGAAGCUGGGCCUUGGAGACUUCAUAUUUUACAGUGUGCUUGUUGGGAAAGCAGCUGCCACAGCAAGUGGAGACUGGAAUACUACACUGGCCUGCUUUGUAGCCAUUCUCAUAGGUUUGUGCUUAACACUUUUAUUACUGGCUGUUUUUAAGAAAGCACUGCCUGCUCUUCCCAUCUCCAUCACCUUUGGCUUGAUCUUUUACUUCUCGACAGACAACCUCGUGCGACCAUUCAUGGACACCCUGGCCUCCCACCAGCUGUAUAUUUAG